CUGAGGCGGAGGGAGCUUUGAAUCCCACUCACUGACAGUGCUAAGGCGAGGUCACACGCGCGCGCGCGGAGGAAGAAAAGCGCCAUAUCUGGAUAUAAUCCUGUACUUUCUCUCUCUCUCUCUCUUUCUGUCUAUCUCUUUCUCUCCGUGUGUGUUUUUUCCCUUUGAGCGAACCCAAUGUUGGAUAUAUGUUAAAACGCGGAACCGUACAGCUCCCAUAAGAAGGAAUGCAUCUUUUCCUCGUGAAACUGAUUGGUGUGAUUUUUCCGCUGAUUGCCCUGACGCAUGGUCUGAAAUGCUUUGAGAAAUGCCAAAACGGAGGUGUGUGUGUGGCUACUGCAGAUGGAAGAGGAGAAUGCAAGUGUCCUGAUAAAUAUCUGGGCCUGGCUUGUCAGUUUUCCAAUCCUUGCCUGCCAAAUCCUUGCUUCAAUGGAGGCAUUUGCUCGUCAAAUAUCCGUGACAACAAAGUGGACUAUGUCUGUCGCUGUCCGCUGGCCUACAUGGACGCACGGUGCCUCACUCCUACGGACAACGUAUGCCGGAGCUCCCCGUGUGGAAAUGGAGGGACUUGCGAGCUGACUAGUCUCCACACAUUCAUGUGCAAAUGUCCUCCAGGCUGGACUGGAAAAAACUGCCAGCAGGCUGACCCAUGUGCCUCGAACCCUUGUGCCAACGGAGGACAGUGCAGGCUAUUUGAUUCUCAUUACAUCUGCGCCUGCACGCCCUUCUUCACAGGCGAGACUUGCAAACAAGAUGUUAAUGAGUGUGCUCAGAUCCCGUCACCCUGCAAGAACGGUGGAAUAUGCGUGAACGAAGUGGGUACCUAUCGCUGCAACUGCCCCGCCAAGUACACGGGGAAACACUGUGAAACUCUUUACCAGCCUUGCAACCCGUCACCAUGCCAUCAUGGCGGGACCUGCGUCCAGCUUGGACAUACAAACUACGAGUGUUCCUGUCUUCCAGGUUUCAGCGGUCAAAACUGUGAGGAGAACAUCGAUGACUGUCCAGACCAUCGUUGUCUUAAUGGAGGAACCUGUGUAGAUGGGGUGAACACCUAUAACUGCCAGUGCAAACCGGAAUGGACAGGUCAGUUUUGUACCGAAGAUGUCAAUGAGUGUGACCUGAUGCCCAACUCCUGUCAGAAUGGUGGCACUUGCCUAAACACUCAGGGCGGAUACAACUGCGUGUGUGUCAAUGGCUGGUCAGGUGAUGACUGCAGCAAGAAUAUCGAUGAUUGCGUUGAUGCCGCCUGCCACAAAGGAUCAACUUGCCAUGAUCGUGUAGCGUCCUUUUUCUGUGAAUGUCCACCUGGGCGCACAGGUUUGCUGUGUCACUUGGAUGAUGCUUGCAUUAGUAACCCCUGUCAGAAAGACUCAAACUGUGACACCAACCCGGUCAAUGGCAAGGCGAUCUGUACCUGUCCUACAGGCUACUUUGGCUUAGCUUGUGAAGAGGAUGUUGACGAGUGCACUUUCGGUUCGAACCCAUGUGAGCAUGAUGGGAAGUGUUUAAACACCAAAGGCUCCUUCCAGUGUGAGUGUCUUCAGGGUUAUGUGGGAGCCCGCUGUGAACUCGACGUUAACGAGUGCAUGUCCAGCCCAUGCCAAAAUGAUGCUACCUGUCUGGAUCAAAUCGGAGGCUUCAAAUGCAUCUGCAUGGCAGGAUACGAGGGAGUCUAUUGUGAGAUCAAUACCGACGAGUGUGCUAGCAUGCCCUGUCUCAACAAUGGGAAGUGCAUCGACAAGAUCAACAACUACCAGUGCGAGUGCCCGAAAGGAUAUUCUGGAAACCAAUGCCAGGUUGACAUCGAUGAGUGUGCCAGCACGCCCUGCAAAAAUGGCGCCAAGUGCAUCGAUGGGCCCAAUAUGUACACCUGCCAAUGCACUGAGGGUUACACAGGAGAGCACUGUGAGGCUGAUAUUGAUGAGUGUCUCUCCAAUCCAUGUCACUAUGGCACCUGUAAGGACGGCCUGGCCAGCUUCACCUGCCAGUGCCACCUGGGCUACUCUGGUCGACUCUGUGAAGCUAACAUCAACGAGUGUCUGAGCCAGCCAUGCCAGAACGGUGGCACCUGUCAGGACCGGGCAAAUUCUUACCUGUGUGUUUGUCCUAGAGGAACCUCAGGUAUUAAUUGUGAGAUCAAUCUGGAUGACUGUAAGAGCAACCCAUGUGACUAUGGCAAGUGCAUCGACAAGAUCAACGGAUACGAGUGUGCCUGCGCGCCGGGAUACACAGGAAAAAUGUGUCACAUAAAUAUCGAUGAGUGCGCCAUCAACCCCUGUCACAAUGGAGGAACGUGUAUCGAUGGAGUUAACAGCUUCACCUGUCAGUGCAUCGAAGGCUAUCAAGAUCCUACCUGUCAGUCUCAGCUUAAUGAGUGUGUCAGUAACCCAUGCAUUCAUGGAUACUGUGAAGAUGAAGUCAAUGGAUACAACUGUGUUUGCGAUUCGGGUUGGAGUGGCACCAACUGCGACAUCAACAACGACGAGUGCGAGUCCAAUCCCUGCAUGAACGGUGGUACCUGUAAGGACAUGACCAGCGGUUAUGUGUGCACCUGCCGAGCUGGCUUCAGCGGUCCAAACUGCCAGACAAACAUUAACGAGUGUGCGUCAAACCCGUGCUUGAACCAGGGGACGUGCAUCGACGACGUGGCCGGCUACAAAUGCAACUGUGUGCUGCCUUACACUGGUGAGAAAUGUGAAACGUUGCUAGCCCCUUGCAGUCCCAAACCCUGUAAGAAUGGUGGAGUGUGUAAGGAGUCUGAAGAUUAUGAAAGAUUCUCUUGCAUCUGCCCUGAAGGCUGGCAAGGGCAGACCUGCGAGAUUGAUAUCAACGAGUGUGUGAAAACUCCAUGUCUCAAUGGCGCCAUCUGCCAGAACUCAAUUGGCAGCUACAAGUGCAACUGCAAGUCAGGCUACACUGGCCGCAACUGUGAGACCGACAUUGACAACUGCAAGCCCAAUCCGUGCAGUAACGGUGGGAUCUGCAAGGAUGGCAUAGAUGCGUUCAUGUGCACUUGCGUCCUAGGAUUCCGCGGUCCUAAAUGCGAGGAGGACAUCAACGAGUGUGAAAGCAAUCCAUGUAAAAACGGAGCCAACUGCACAGACUGUGUAAACAGCUACACCUGCACUUGCCUGCCUGGUUUCAGCGGCAUUCAUUGCGAGACCAACACACAAGACUGCACUGAGAGUUCUUGCUUCAAUGGCGGCACAUGCGUGGAUGGCAUCAAUACGUUCAGCUGCCUGUGCCCCGCUGGCUUCACGGGUAACUACUGCCAACAUGACAUCAACGAAUGCGAUUCAAAACCAUGCAUGAAUGGCGGCACAUGCCAGGACAGCUACGGCACGUACAAGUGCACCUGCCCUCAUGGUUACCAUGGUUUCAACUGCCAGGACCUGGUGAACUGGUGUAAGCCAUCUCCUUGUAAGAACGGGGGUACUUGCAGACAGAGUGGCACUACUUACACCUGCCAGUGCCAGACAGGCUGGACCGGUCUCUACUGUGACGUCCCCAGCGUCUCCUGCGAGGUGGCAGCCAAACAGAGAGGAGUGGACGUUGCCAGAUUGUGCCGUAACUCUGGCCAGUGUCUGGAUGCUGGAAACACGCACUACUGCCAGUGCCAGGCAGGAUACACUGGCAGCUACUGUGAGGAGCAGGUGGACGAGUGUAUCCCCAACCCUUGCCAGAAUGGAGCAACAUGCACUGAUUAUUUAGGAGGAUAUUCUUGCGAGUGUUUGCCAGGAUAUCAUGGAGUAAACUGCUCCAGUGAGAUCAACGAAUGCCUUUCUCAGCCCUGCCAUAACGGGGGCAUCUGCAUCGACCUCGUCAAUGCCUACAAAUGCUCCUGUCCCAGAGGAACCCAAGGGGUUCACUGUGAAAUCAACAUUGAUGACUGCACGCCGUUUACUGACCCCGUGACCCAGGAGCCCAAGUGCUUUAACAAGGGACGCUGUGUGGACCGCGUCGGCGGCUACCACUGCGAGUGUCCGGCAGGCUAUGUUGGAGAGCGCUGUGAAGGGGACGUCAACGAGUGCUUGUCUAACCCCUGUGACCCACGCGGCACCCACAGCUGCAUCCAGCUCACCAACAAUUACCGCUGCGAGUGCCGAACUGGAUACACAGGUCAGCGCUGUGACACCGUGUUUGAUGGCUGUAAGGGGAAACCGUGCCGAAACGGAGGGACCUGUGCUGUGGCCAGUAACACUCCCCACGGCUUUAUUUGUAAAUGUCCUCCGGGCUUCACUGGCUCGUCCUGCGAAUAUGAUGCUUACACGUGUGGCAGCCUUCACUGUCGUAACGGAGGCACCUGCGUCUCAGGCCCGAAAUCCCCGGUGUGUCUUUGCCCACCAGGCUUUAGUGGCCCUGAGUGCCAGCAUGCAUCCGAUGGAUACUGUGCUUCUAAACCCUGCUACAACGGAGGCACAUGCAAACCCAUCCCGGAGGCACCCUACUUUCACUGUGUUUGCCCGAAGACCUUCAACGGCCUUUUAUGCCAUAUUCUGGACUAUAAUUUCUCCGGCGGCUUCGGCCGAGACAUCACUCCACCACCCAAAGUUGUCGCCAGCUGCCCGGUAGCUGAAUGUGCAGGUAAAAAGGGCAACAAGUUCUGCGACGCUGCUUGCAACAGCUAUGAGUGCGAGUGGGACGGUGGUGACUGCUCACUCAACUUCCAUGAUCCUUGGAAAAACUGCUCAGCCUCACUGCAGUGCUGGCGCUACUUCAACAACGGUCACUGUGACAAGCAAUGCCACAAUGCUGGCUGCCUCUACGAUGGGUUCGACUGCCAGACGAGCAGCGGCGAGUGCAACCCUUUGUAUGAUCAGUACUGUAAAGACCACUAUGCGGACGGUCACUGUGACCAGGGCUGUAACAACGCAGAGUGUGACUGGGAUGGAUUGGACUGCGCAGAGAACGUGCCUGAGAAGCGUGCAGAAGGCCAUCUGGUGCUAGUGGUACAGUUACCACCUGAGCAGCUACGCAACAACUCAUCAACUUUCUUACGUGAGCUGAGCCGAGUGCUGCACACCAAUGUGGUGUUCAGGAUGGACCUGCAUGGAGAGCUCAUGAUUUACCCUUAUUAUGGCAGUGCACAUGAACUCAAGAAACACAUCAAGCGCUCACUGGACUCAUGGUCCAAUGUCUUGGGCACGGGUCACCACGACCAGGACCACGCGCAGGUCAAAAGCUCGGUUGUGUAUCUGGAGAUCGAUAACCGCCAAUGCUACCAGCAGUCCACUGAGUGCUUCCAGAGUGCUACUGAUGUCGCUGCCUUCUUGGGAGCCCUUGCAUCCAGUGGCAACCUGAAUCUACCCUACAUUAAGGCCGUCAGUACUGGGGAGGAAGAAAAGCCAAUCACAGGGAUCUACGUGGUGUACGUACUGCUGGCCGGACUGGCACUGCUGGCCUUCGUGGUCGUGGGCAUGGUGGCUUCCCGUAAGCGGAGACGAGAGCACGGCCAGCUCUGGUUCCCUGAGGGCUUCAAAACGAGCGAGCCUAGCAAGAAAAAGCGGCGAGAGCCCGUCGGCGAGGACUCCGUCGGCUUGAAGCCACUGAAGAACUCCGAUAUUUCACUUAUGGAUGACAAUCAGAAUGAAUGGGGAGAGGAAGAGCCAGCAGAUACCAAGCGCUUCAGGUUUGAAGAGCCGGCGAUGUUAAAUCUGGAUGACCAGCAGGACCAUCGGCAGUGGACUCAGCAGCACUUGGACGCAGCCGACCUGCGGAUCCCCUCUAUCGCCCCCACACCCCCUCAAGGCGAGAACGAGAGCGAUUGCAUGGACGUCAACGUCCGAGGACCAGAUGGAUUCACUCCUCUAAUGAUCGCCUCCUGUAGUGGAGGAGGCCUGGAAACUGGCAACAGUGAGGAAGAGGAGGACGCUUCCGCCAAUGUCAUCAAUGACUUCAUCUACCAGGGCGCUAACUUGCACAAUCAGACAGACCGCACAGGUGAGACUGCCCUGCACCUGGCCGCCCGCUAUGCCCGCUCCGAUGCUGCUAAGAGGCUGCUGGAGGCCAGCGCAGACGCCAACAUCCAAGACAACAUGGGCCGAACUCCACUGCAUGCUGCCGUGGCUUCAGAUGCACAAGGGGUCUUCCAGAUUUUGAUACGGAACCGCGCAACAGAUCUCGAUGCCCGCAUGCAUGACGGCACUACUCCUCUGAUCCUGGCAGCCAGACUGGCAGUCGAAGGCAUGGUGGAGGAACUAAUCAACUGCCAUGCUGAUGUGAAUGCCAUCGAUGACUUUGGAAAAUCUGCACUGCACUGGGCUGCUGCUGUGAACAAUGUGGACGCAGCUGUGGUACUGCUUAAGAACGGAGCCAAUAAGGACAUGCAGAACAACAAGGAGGAAACCCCACUGUUUCUGGCAGCCAGGGAAGGCAGCUACGAGACAGCUAAAGUGCUGCUGGACCACUUUGCCAAUCGCGAGAUCACCGACCAUAUGGACCGUCUGCCACGUGACAUUGCUCAGGAACGCAUGCACCAUGACAUCGUGCGCCUCAUGGAUGAGUACAAUCUUGUGCGCAGCCCACCUAUGCCCAGCGCUCCCAUGAGUUCCACACUCUCGCCCCCUCUGUGCUCACCCAAUACCUACCUGAGUGGCAUGAAGCCCUCCAUCCAGAGCAAGAAAACCAGAAAGCCUGGUGCCAAGGGUAUUGCUUGCAAGGAUGCGAAAGACCUGAAGACCAAGAAAAAGAAGCCGCAGGAUGGUAAAGGGAGCUUGUUAGAAAGCUCAGCUGUGCUCUCGCCUGUCGAUUCCCUCGAGUCGCCUCAUGGCUACAUUUCAGAUGUUGCCUCGCCACCUCUGAUGCCCUCGCCCUUCCAGCAGUCACCCUCCGUGCCAUUAAACCACCUGCAGGCUGUUUCCGAAGGUCAUGUUGGAGUAAACCACCUGGGCAUGGCUGGUAAGCAGGAGCUGGCACGCUUGCAGUUUGAUCCCUUGCCUCCGCGUCUGACACAUUUGCCUGUCGGUGGAUCGAAUGGAUCAGCGGCCAUAAAUGGUCAGUGUGAUUGGCUGAACAGGAUGCACGCCGGCCAGUUCGGAGCCAUGAGGAACAUCCCGAGCCAGGGUGGCAUGUGCCAACCCAACCAGCACACCUUGAUGACAUCGCUUCACAAUGGCGUUCCUGCCAACACGCUGCCACAAAUGAUAAACUACCAGGCUUUGACUAGUGCUCACCUCGCUGCACAGCCACAUAUCCUACAGCCACAGCAAAUGCAAGCUAGCCUACAGCAGCAACAGCAGCAGCAGCAACCCAGCAUCCAACUGCAGCACCAGAACUCAAACCCAAAUCAGAACCUGAGCAGCAGCCAAAACUUCAUCAGCAACGAGCAGCAGCAAAGCACAGGGAGCAGCGUCCCCAUCCACACAAUCCUCCCUCAGGAGACGCAGCUCCUUAAUGCUCAGACACUGGCCCCCGGCAUGGCCAGCACACAGUUCCUCACACCCCCAUCACAGCACAGCUACUCAGGUGGCAUGGACACCAACACACCCAGCCACCAGCUACAGGUGCCCGAUCAUCAUCCUUUUCUAACGCCCUCACCAGGCUCGCCUGACCAGUGGUCCAGCUCUUCGCCCCACUCCAACAUGUCCGACUGGUCUGAGGGCAUCUCCAGCCCACCCACAAGCAUGCACUCCCAAAUCUCUCACAUUCCAGAGCAAUUUAAGUGAAUCAGUUACAUUUGAGUGAUGAAAGACUCAAUUGUUUUGUUGUCGUUGUUGUUGUUAUUGUUGUUAGAGUACUCUUUGUAAAACAUAAAAAGCAGUAAUACAAUUUAAAUGAAACAUCUUUUCAAUGCCUUUUGUACUAACCACAUUUUUUUGUUUUCUUUUUUUUAUUUAUUAAUGUAUUGUUAUUUAUACUUUUUCUCACCUGCCUGAGAAGUUGAAGUACAUAAAUUAGGUCACUGCCAAAUGAGGAAUCUGAGUUUUAAAAAAAAAAGUUUUUUUUUUGUUUUUUUUUUGGCUUUUGUAAUAUUUCGUGUAUUCGCUAAAAAUACACUGGGUAUUUAUUUUCGCCUUUACUUUUUGUUAUCAAAUUGUCUUCACUUUUACUUUGUCUUUUGUUUUCUACAUUAUUGUAUACAUUCGUGAAUCACGUGUGUAAGGGCAUUUCAUGAAGCUGGCUUUUUUUCACUCUCAGACUCUCAAAGCAAGUUCUCAGUAUUACAGCAGAUUAUUACUUUUUUUAAAUGUUUAUUUUAACAAUCACAGCAGCUGCUUAUCUGCUUGUUCACCAGAACAAGAAGAAGAACAGUGAGGUUUUUUUCAUGCCUGUAUAUUUUUGCCUUUACAGCCAGUAGGGAUUGACCACUUAAAUCGUUAGCGUAUAACAGGUCCUGAUCAGUUUCAGAAAGUCGUUUAUGGUCAUGUCUGUCAGAAUUUCUUCUCAAAUAAGUGUACUGUGUCUGUUCAAGUAGUAGUUCCUGAUGCAGUUGAUUUUCAGAGAGUUCUUUUAUUUUCCUUAGAGUAAAUUACCUGCGAAAUGCAGAGUUGUAAAAACUUCCACUAUAAGUGUGGGUGUGAAAGUGAGGAUGUGGACUCCUUUAUUAGGUGUUGAUGUGAUUGAAUACAGUCUGCGGUUUAAAGUACUCUGUAUUUUUCCCCUCCCUUUCGACUGGUCAAAUGGCCAAAAAUGUACGGGGUUGUGUGAACAGGAUUUCGAUCCUGUCUUUACUUCCUCUGUGGUAUGUAAUGUUGGAGCCUAUGGCUACUAUAGAUAGAUCUAGUGGACAUGGUUCAUGUGAACAGGAUUUUGUUUCAGAAAUCUUAAGUCUUAGACGUGUCACUUAAAAUUGAAAACUUUGGAACAAUAGCUCUUUGUUUUCUCUUAUAGAAAGAGACCAUAUAUUUUGCUCAGUAUCACUGGGUUAGAGGCGAUAUAAGAGAUGUAUACAAAUGAUUAGAGUCUAUUUUAUAUUCCACAUAUUGGAAAUGAACAAUUAGAAACCUACAAACGUUCCAUCUAUUGACCAAAAUUCAUGAAAUUCGGUUUUGUUGGAAAAGGGGCAAGUCGAUAUGUUUGUAUAUAUAUAUAUAUAUAUAUAUAUAUACACACACACACACACACACACACAAACAGAGCCCUCAAAUGCGAUCACAGCAUUGAAUAUGCAUUGCAUUGCAACAGCAUUGAAUAUGUAAUAUUUGUAAAAAAAAAAAAAAUGUUUAAAUAAAAUACCUAACUCAUAGUUUACAUAAAGUAUAUUUUCUGUUCAUUCUACUGUCAAUCUGUAAAUGUUCUUUUUGAAAUAAUAAAAGAUACACACCUGUAUCAGA